AUGAAGUUAACGGCCUUGACAUUGGCCGAUCGUGAGCUGGAACAGUAUCAAUCCAAACUGGCUGCCUCACAAUGUGGGGCCAGGACACCCCUGAGCCCCAACACACAGGCGACAAUCGAGAAGCAUUUGCCGGGCCUGCCGAGCAAGCGAUUGCUCAUGCAGCAGGCCUCCAAGAAGGCCACCGAGAAGCGAGACGUUGGAUGCAUAACAGAAUUAUGCAGUUCAGACAACUUACCGGAGGUGGAAAUUUUUUCCCUACUCGAGGAGCAGAUCCCGCGCUACAAGAUCCGGGCGGACACGACCACUACCUUCGGCGGUUACGAGAAUCAGGACUGGUUUGUGCAGUAUCCGGCCCUUCCGAUUCCGACCGAGGGUCUCGGGCUGACGACGGAUCAGACGCGGGAAGCACUUAACUAUUUCC